AUGUUGACUGAGGUUAUGAUUGUGAUUGAGAAGUACAUGCAGAACGAAUCUCAUGAUCGAACCUACUUCUUUCAAUCACAUUAUGAUGAUCCAUCCACUGUCUUAUUACCUCCAUUCUCUGCAUCAUUCGCCCUUCUUCUCACCACAUUGGGUCCUUUCUUUCGUGGCACCAUACCCCAACUAGCACUUGGAGUCAUCUAUUUUAUGAUCAUCCUUUCUGGAAAUGUAUGGCUUCCCACUCUGCAACUGACACUUUGCAAGAUCACUAUAAAUACAGCAACUCCAAGAUCACAUAUCAUGGGUAUUCGUCUGCCAAUAUUUAUGGCUCUUCAUGCCAACAAGAUAUUCAAGUGGCAGCAGCAUCUCCACAGUAGAAACCACUCGAAUGUUCCAAAGGGUCACAUAGCAGUGUAUGUUGGAGAGGCUCAAAAGAAGAGGUUUGUGGUUCCAAUAUCUUACUUGAACCAUCCUUCGUUUCUUGACUUACUAAACCGAGCUGAGGAAGAGUUUGGCUACAAUCAUCCAAUGGGAGGUCUCACAAUCCCUUGCAAAGAAGAGGCAUUCAUCAAUCUCACCUCUCAAUUAGCCUAA